AUGGAGAAAGAAACGUCGAAGUGGGAAGAUGAGUACAAAAGCACUAAGGCUACUGGAAAGAAUGUAGCCAUCGAAUACGGUACAAGUUCUCUCAAAGGUGUUCUAAGCAGUGAGACUGUCAAUGUUGGUGGAAUUACGAUAACCAAUCAGUACUUUACAGAGGCUCUUGCUACCAAGAAGGCUGAUCCACUUCUGAAAGCGCCCUUUGAUGGUAUACUGGGACUUGGAAAUCCUCAUGAUUCUGCUACAAGAACUCUUUCUGUUUGGGAGUCGAUGAUAAGGCAAGGUAAGGUUAAGAAGAAAAUAUUCUUCAUCUGGCUUGGAAGACCUUCUCUCUUUAGAAAAUACUUCUUCCAAAUGAGCAACAUAUUAGUCGGUUCAAAAGACACCAAUGUUUGCUCAAGGGGCUGCCAAGUUUUUAUUGACUCAGGGAAUUCAAACAUGGACAUCAAUGAUAGUACCAAACUAUCACCAGAUUGCUCAAAUGAUAAGAAGCUGCCUGAUGUAACCUUUACAAUUGCUGGAAGGAGUUUCUCAGUCAGUCGUCGUGAUUAUAUAUAUAAGGUGAACAAAAAUGAGUGCUUAAGUAGAUUCGUGGAGACAAAAGAUGAAUACUGGACACUUUGCAUGUCAUUCAUGCGUGCCGUUCACACGGUGUAUGACUGA